AGAAAGCACACGUAGACCACGCAACCUAAGCCCAAACCAAAGCCAACAAAGGAAAACCCAGAGAAAAGAAAAUAAAUAUUCAUUUAUACAAGCAUACAUAAAUAUUUACAACACACGUUCGCAAGAAAAACAAAUAAAAGUUCGCUCAAUGAAUUCGCAAGCUUUGUCGCUCUGCUGCUGCCUGGCUCUCCUCGCGGGCAUAGCAGCCACAUCGGUGUCCACCAACGAGACGGACUGCCCGCAAAUGUGCCCGGCCAUCUAUCAGCCGGUGUGCGGAACGGAUGGCUUCAACCUCAAGGAGUUCGCCAGCUUGUGCAACCUGAAGGCCAGCAACUGUCGCCGUGCACGCAACGCCCAGACGGUCUACGCUGCCACUGACAUGGCCUGGUGCACCUCCAAGAAGGUGGAGAAUCUGGACAAGCAACUGAAUAUCAAACUGGACGUCGCUGGCUGCCUCAAGCCCUGCCCCAUGAUCUACAAGCCUCUGUGCGUGACGAACGGCGAGUAUCGCGGCCUCGUGUCCAACGACUGCUCCUUGGAGAUCUUCAACUGCGCCCUAAUGGCAGCUGGCGUCAAUACCUCCAAGCUUCUCCGCAUUCUUCAGGCCGAGACUUGUUGAACCUUCUAAAUCAAUCAGGA